AUGAUGUCUUAUCAAAAAGUAAUAGCAAAAAUUAAUGAAAACACUCAGAAGAGCACUGAAUUCUAUGACUUUGCUGAACCUCUCAAAGUUUUUGAGAAAAAAUUAAAUGUGGACGUCACUCCCCUAUUGGAAGAAAUUGAUUUUUAUAAAGGUGGAAGAAUAAUUGAAUACGAUUACGUACCAGAGUCAUCUGAGUUCCAAGAAGAUUCGGAAGAAGAGAGAGAAAAAACACCUGAAUACGAUUACGAAUCAGAGUCAUCUGAGUUUCAAGAUGAUUCGGAAGAAGAGAGUGGAAGAACAUCUAAAUACGAUUACGUACCAGAGUCAUCUAGAUUCCAAAAAUAUCUGGGGAGGGAAAGAGAAAGCGGGAUCAGAAGAGAGACUCACCUUGUCGAACUGUUUAACAACUUCAAACAAGGUCAUUUCUGUUUCGUGGGUCCCGCGGGAUCGGGUAAAUCCACACUCAUGAAAGCUUCAUCAAGAAAUGCCAUGCAUGGAAAAUAUUUUCAAGGAACCAUCAAGAUGGUUCAAUAUAUACAAUGCAAACAAUAUAUGAAAAACAGUAAAGUAACAGCAGGUGAACUAAUUUUCAACAAUCUCCCAAAGGAAGAAAGAGGUCUAGCAAUUGAUUAUGCAAAAACCCACCCAGAAGAAGUUUUGUUUAUGCUCGACUCCUUGGACACUCUUCAAUAUACAAUUGAUGGAGUUUAUGAAAUCAUCAGCCCAGAUGAGCCGGCAUAUCCUGAAGUAAUAAUAUGGAAUUUUCUCGCUGGAAAGUUAUUUCCCGGCUGUCGCAUUUUAUCUUCCAGUCGUGAACAUUCCAUCAGAAAUUAUUGGGGAGAAGUUCGACCAGACAAGGUCAUUGCACUUGCUGGAUUAACAAUGGAGUCCAUCAAAGAAAUUAUUUCAGGAUAUGAAGGAAAUGAAGAAGCAGAGAAAAUAUUGGAAUUUCUCAAAAUCAAAGCUCCAUUACACUUGUUACUGUGCACCACACCUGUGAUGCUGGUUUACACAUUGAUAGCUUUGAAAUUCAAAUCUGACUUCAAGCCAAACACUAUGACUGGUAUUAUGACUGUGGUCAUGCAAAGCAUUUUACGAUCACCUCACACUCACCAAGAGAAUAUUUUGGAAGCUUUGGACAAAUUAAAAGAACUAUCAUACAAUGGGACAGUAGAACGUCGAGUUCUAUUCACAGAAGAUGAUUUUCAUCGAGUCAAUUUAAAACCGGAAGAAGCAACCGAUCUAGCCAUCUUAGCUCCUGGAGGAAUUUAUCGUAAACUUUUCCAAGGAAUACACCUUCUUUACUUUCAACAUCAAAGUAUUCAAGAAAUGCUCACAUCUUUCUAUAUUCUUGGACUGGAUUUAAAAUCUUUUCACCAGUUCGUAGAUAAACAUCUCCAUACCGGUCACUUUGUUCUCAUCAGAAAAAUGAUGUGUGGACUUUUAUUAAAUCCAACAGUUUAUGAAGAAGCCGGAGAUUUACUUGGAGAAAUCAAGAAUCUUGAGGAAAAGCAAGAUAUUCUCAAGAAAAGUUUGCAAUUGCAAUUGCAACUCGGAAAAAGUUUGAACAAAUCAGAUAUUUUGGAACUUUUCACCGCAUUGAACGAAGCCAAGGAUGGAAUGAGUGACAUUGUCAAAUCAUCUCUUAAUGAAAUUGACAUUUCUGAACUUCCUCUCUCCAUCAGUGAUGUUCAUGUCAUUGGAUCAGUAGCUUCCUACUGUACAUCACUAUCCAUGUAUUUCCAUUAUUGUGAUUUCAAGUCAGACUCACUUCAAACUCUGGCAUCUGAAUUGAAAGGAUCAAAUGUGAAGAUUGAAGGUUUGAAUCUGAGUGAAGAGCGUUUUGCAAACCAUGAAGAUAUUGUUGCAGUUGCAAAUCUGCUUCCUAAUGUUACAGAGCGGUUGUGGUUGUAUGGAUGGAACAUUGCGGAUGAAGAUGAAAAAAUAUUACAGAAUCAAUUGGAUGAAAUUGGAUCUGAGCUAGAGAUUCUGCUUCAGAUUGGAGAAAAAACACUCAAAAGUCAAAGAAAACCUGCAGAUAAAGCAACUAAUGUAACUCUCAAACAAAAUACAACUUUGUCUUCAGAAUCAGAAUUUGGUAAAUCGUAG